AUGGCUCAGCAGACGACAAGCCCGGACACCUUAACAGUACCUGAAGUGGAUAAUCCGCAUUGUCCAAACCCCUGGCUGAACGAGGAUCUUGUGAAAUCCUUGCGCGAAAACCUGUUGCAGCACGAGAAGUCCAAGACAGCAAGGAAAUCCGUUUCUCCCAAGGUCUCUCCAGUGAUCUCUCCGAGAAAUUCCCCCAGGCUUCUACGGAGGAUGCUUCUCAGUAGCAACAUCCCCAAACAGCGGCGUUUCACGGUGGCACAUACGUGUUUUGAUGUGGACAAUGGCACAUCUGCGGGACGGAGUCCCUUGGAUCCCAUGACCAGCCCGGGAUCUGGGCUAAUUCUCCAAGCAAACUUCGUCCACAGUCAACGUCGGGAGUCCUUUCUGUAUCGAUCCGACAGCGAUUAUGACCUGUCUCCAAAGUCUAUGUCCCGGAACUCCUCCAUUGCCAGUGAUAUGUAA